AUGCCGCAGGCAUCGGAACCGAAUCCACUGAAGGUGAUGGCUGACGGUGACGAUAUCGAUUUUCAAAACCUCCUCUGCUCAGGCGCCAUUGUGGGAGAGGUCCUCCAAGGCGGCAAGAACAGCCAGAUCGAUGCCUGGACCAAUCCUCAGAACGCUGAUAUUGCCACGCUUCCUAUUGGCGGGAACGACGUCGGGUUCUAUAAAAUCCUAACAGCCUGUGUACUCCGCGUCGGCCAGUUCCGAGCCGGUGAUUGUGACGAACAGGUACAAAAGGCGUACGACUUAAUUAAUGGUCGUGACCUAUUUAACGACGUUGCUUCGGCACUCCACCAGAUCAUCGAUAAGUCCGGCCGUGCCGACUUUAAGAUCUACCAAACCGGAUAUCCAGCCUUCUUUAAUGUUGAUACGGAUAGCUGCGAUCUCACAACCUUCUACCACUGGGAGCCCGGCCACCAUAGCUUUAAGCACUUAGGUAACUGGACCUAUUUGGUGAAGUUUCUACGGCUUCAGCUAAAUAAUCUCGUUACCGACCUUAACACUAUGCUUAGCCAAGUGGUCGAUUCAGUUAACCAGGCAUACCCUGAACAGCGCGUCUGGUUCAUCGACCCAAACCCGGCUUUCAACGGCCACCGAUUUUGUGAAAUGGACGGCAACGUCGAGGUCACUGAGCCCGAUUCAUCCCGCAUAGAUACCUGGCUAUUUCUUUCGGGAUGGAUUGAUAACGCCCUUUUAACCGCAGCGACCAGCUCAGGAAAUGAAGUCCAAGAACUUAAGGAGCUCCAGGCCGGCAACCUUACCGCGCUGCCCGAUCCAAAUACCUGCAAUACGGCCGCCACCGGGAAUAAAGAUUGGUAUGACAACAUGCUGUGCGAAGCGGCUCAGGCCGUGUUGCUCCCCUCGCCUGUAGACUACGAGGGACCUAAUAAUGCCUCACUAGUAGUCCAACAACAAAUCCAAGCUAUUGCAGACGGCGACUUCAACGCUUUGGAAGUACCGUGGUACGUACCCACCCGGUCGGCAAAGACUUUUCAUCCGAGGACACGCGGACAGAACGCCUACAUGCUGCUGAUCAUGGAUGCGUAG